UCAGAAUUUGGGGCGUUUAAAGAUCAAAUAGUAUUUUAAAAACAAAACAAACGGCAUAGGACACAGCCUUUAGGCUAGUUUAUUAUAAUUUCGUAAUUUCAAUAAUAGCUGGUUUCCGCCUUUGUAAUCAAUACAAAUGCGUAGAAAGAGUCCGUAUGGAUACCAGUGUUCCCAUUCACCGGUCUUUUCCACGCUGCGUUUCCAGCGAUACGGACAACUCCCAAAGCCGCUAGCUCACCGCUGUUCAAAUUUCUGUAAUUUGUCAGGAUUUGAUUAAGUCGGCUAGCACUUGAAACCAUGUCGCACUUCAAGGAACCAGGGAAAGGGGGACCAGCCGAGGAGUCCACCGCCCAUCGCAUCCGUAUCACGCUGACGAGCCGAAAUGUCAAGAACCUGGAAAAGGUGUGCGCUGAUCUGAAGCGCGGGGCACAGGACAAGAACCUGGAAGUCAAGGGGCCGGUGCGCAUGCCCACCAAGACGCUACGCAUCACUACCCGCAAGACGCCCUGCGGUGAAGGGUCCAAGACGUGGGACCGAUACCAGAUGCGCAUCCACAAGCGACUGAUCGAUCUCCAGAGCCCCUCUGAGAUUGUCAAACAGAUCACAUCCAUCAGCAUUGAACCAGGUGUGGAGGUGGAAGUGACCAUUGCCGAUGCGUAAAGGAUGCGCGAACUCGGCCCCGACCCGCACCCGGAAUGGAUCGGAGGUGACCCCCACAUCUCAGGCAAUAUCACUUGGUCAUUUUGUCCAUGAAGGUGGCAUGAGAUUUCAUUCCAUACAAAAAAAAUAUUAAUUUCCAAUAAAGUCACAGUAAGAUGUGAACUUGAAAAGGA